AUGUUCCUGUGAAAUGACCGCGAAGGUUACAGCUUCACAUGUCACGCCGUCGCUGGCCAUCAAAGUUUUGAACCGUUAGAGAGAACGCAGCAGCCUCUUCUGCGACUUCUCGUACCUUGAGAAAAAUCGCGCACUGUUCUUCUCCCUCUCCGUCUCUUUCUUUCCAUAUCAGAACAAACACAAAAACCAAAAGCAAAAUAUAACAAAGAAAUUUCGAUUUUUCAAUCAAUCAAUCAAUCAAUCAUUUUUGGGAAAUUUUAAUCAAUCCUCGAUCCCGCACUGUUACGUGCUUCUAUUUUCUACAUGUGUAUAUGACUACGUAGAUUGGGGACGAAGGGAUGUUUCGGUUCCUGCAAGAGAAGAUCAGGAAGCGGAUUUGAUUUUCUCUCUAGGGUUUUGUAGGCAUUUUUUUGGGGGGCUAUGUCCACUGCGAAGGCGUCGUCUGUGAUCCCGUCUGUGGUUCUGAGGAGCAUCUCCGAUAAGCUCUACGAGAAGCGCAAGAAUGCGGCUCUCGAGGUGGAAGGGAUUGUGAAGCAAUUGGUAGCGGCGGCUGAUCACGACAAGAUUAAUGCCGUGAUCCAUUUGUUGACCCAUGAGUUUACCUACUCUCCCCAAGCAAAUCACCGGAAAGGAGGAUUGAUAGGUUUAGCUGCCGCAACUGUGGGUUUGACUACUGAAGCAGCACAGCAUCUUGAGAAAAUAGUACCACCAGUCCUCAAUUCCUUUUCUGAUCAAGAUAGCAGAGUUCGCUAUUAUGCUUGUGAAGCCCUGUAUAACAUAGCCAAGGUCGUAAGAGGAGAUUUUAUUGUGUUUUUCAAUGAGAUCUUUGAUGCUUUGUGCAAACUCUCAGCAGACUCAGAUUCCAGUGUGCAAAGUGCUGCACAUCUUUUAGAUAGACUUGUGAAGGAUAUUGUCACUGAGAGUGAUCAAUUCAGCAUUGAAGAAUUUAUACCAUUGUUGAGAGAACGGAUGAAUGUCCUCAAUCCUUAUGUGCGGCAAUUUUUGGUCGGGUGGAUCACAGUAUUAGACAGUGUUCCAGAUAUAGAUAUGCUUGGUUUCCUUCCUGAUUUCCUUGAUGGUUUAUUUAAUAUGCUAAGUGAUACUAGCCAUGAAAUACGACAACAGGCUGAUUCUGCUCUUUCAGAGUUUCUUCAGGAAAUUAAGAACUCUCCAUCUGUAGAUUAUGGUCGUAUGGCUGAGAUAUUGGUGCAGAGGGCUGCUGCACCUGAUGAAUUUACUCGGCUGACAGCUAUCACUUGGAUAAAUGAGUUUGUAAAACUUGGUCGGGAUCAACUGGUUCCUUAUUAUGCUGAUAUUCUGGGAGCAAUUUUGCCUAGUAUUGCUGAUAAAGAAGAAAAGAUACGAGUUGUUGCUUGUGAAACCAAUGAUGAACUUCGAUCAAUCAAGGCUGUUCCAUCUGAGGGAUUUGAUGUUGGAGCAAUUCUAACCGUUGCUAGGAGACAGUUGUCUAGUGAAUUUGAGGCAACACGGAUCGAAGCAUUGCACUGGAUGGCAACCUUACUAACAAGACAUCGCCCGGAGGUCUUGGUUUUUCUAAAUGAUGUUUUCGACACCCUUCUAAAGGCUCUCUCAGAUCCAUCUGAUAAGGUAGUGCUUCUGGUGCUUGAUGUGCAUGCAUGUGUUGCUAAAGAUCCACAACACUUCCGUCAACUUGUAGUUUUCUUGGUCCAUAAUUUUCGAAUUGAUCAUUCUCUCCUGGAGAAACGUGGUGCUUUGAUAGUUCGAAGACUCUGUGUGCUUCUGGAUGCUGAAAGAGUUUAUAGGGAACUUUCUACAAUACUUGAGGGGGAUUCAGAUUUGGAUUUUGCAUCGAUGAUGGUUCAGGCUUUGAACAUGAUUUUGCUUACUUCAUCUGAAUUGUCUGGCCUCCGUGAUCUUCUUAAACAAUCAUUGGUGAAUGGUACUGGGAAAGAUCUUUUUCUUUCUUUGUAUGCUUCAUGGUGUCAUUCUCCAAUGGCCAUAAUAAGCCUCUGCUUCUUAGCACAAGCAUAUCAGCAUGCUAGUUCUCUCAUUCAAUCUCUGGUCGAGGAGGACAUCAAUGUGAAGUUUUUGGUUCAACUUGACAAGUUUAUCAACCUUCUGGAGACUCCCACGUUUGCGUACUUGAGGCUGCAGCUUCUUGAACCUGGAAGAUACAUCUGGUUGUUAAAAGCCUUGUAUGGUUUGCUGAUGCUGCUACCCCAGCAAAGUGCAGCCUUCAAAAUUCUUCGGACCCGGUUGAAAACUGUGCCUGCAUACUCUUUUAGUGGGGAUCAACUUAGCCAAGCAUCAUCGGGGAAUCCUUAUUUUCAGACUAGUCAUUCAAGGGGCGACUCACGCACUUCAAUUGAUGGUAAUUUUAGUGAAGAUUCAAACGAUAUGCACAACGGAAUAAAUUUCUCCACAAGGCUGCAGCUGUUUGAACACAUCCAACAUAUGCACCGUAUGCAUUCGAAGUCACAGGAGUCGUUCUCACGUUGCAGUCCUAAUUCAUCGUCAAAGAACGCCAAUUCUGUUCAGGAGUUGCAAGGGACUGAAGACUCCAAACGACCUGACCCAAAGCCAGACUUGAAUGGGCCGUCAUCAAGAUCGUCACGCAAAGGCCCUGGACAGUUGCUGAUUUGAUUGCUUUGCUUUUGCUUGCUUGCACUCCUGAUGGGAGGAGGGAGGAGGUCCAAUUAUACAAAAAUUUUGGGGUAUUCCAAUUGAGUUUUGGUAUAAUUUGUAAAUUGUAUAUCCUGACAUUUGUCUUUUUGAACUUAUGGAAGGUUGAAAUGGUGGGGAAAUCAUCAGGUAUUGGUUAUAUAGAAUUGUUCCCAAGCUAUUUUUUUUUAAAAUUUAUUAUUUUUCCCUAGUGAACAAGUAAGCUCAUGUGGUUAUGUUAUUUUUAUUGAAAACCAUAUGGGCAGUAGGUAGUUGUGUAGGACAUUACAUCCAAGUUUGUUUUAUUCAUAAUUCUUAUAUUUCAAUGGUUUAGAAUAAAAGUUUAUGUGUAUCAUAA